GUUUAUUUAUCUACUAGGGUAAGUACCGGAGUAACUCGAGUGAAAAUUAAACGCAUAGAGUACGCACUCGAGUGACGUCAUCGACUAACUCUCUUCAACCCACCGCUGGACCACGAUCCCUCGAGUUCCAAGAUGGCGUCCGAAGAAGAAAACAUGAUUAUGGUACAAUUGACUAAUCCUGAAGGGGAUAUAGAAAGCUGCAGGAUGUCAAAAGAAUUAGUGCAGAUGCUGAAACACCCUGAAUGUGAUGCUACUGUAAAGCAGCAGGUAUUAGAGGCGGUUUUUGAAGGGAAAAACAACAUACCAGAUGAGAAAAUACCAGAGGCGAAAAUAUCAGAUGAGAAUGAAUGUAGUGCUGCAAGUGGUGCAAGUUGUAAUAGUAGUAGUAUUGGAAAGGUUCACAACUGGACACAGUCGGAAGAAGUUCUGUUGAUUACUUUGAGAAGUGAUAUAGAGUCGAAAUUUGUUGGUGCCAAGGCUCAUGAAACACUAUGGAAUGAAAUUCAAAAGAAAAUGGAAAAACAAGGGGUAAAAAUUUCUGUUGCUCAAAUAAUAAACAAAUGGAAAAAUAUGAAAAAACGUUACAAGGAGGUUAUUGACGCAAACAAUAAAACUGGAAACAAUGCUGUUAGUUGGAAGCACUAUGACAAGUUUAAUGAAUUGUAUGGGAACAAAGCUUCCACAAAACUGCAAGCAUCUUAUGAUUCAGGUUUUCAAGGAGCAUCAGCUCAAUUACAUGCUAAAUCUAACGAGGGAGGAAACAAUAUUGCUAAACCAUCCUGUUCUGGAAAAAAUUCUGUUGGAAAGUCUGCCAAAAAAAGAAAACGGGGUGAUCUGUAUGACAUUAUUGAAAAAAUUAAUGAUAAUGCACAGGAUUCAUUAAUGUAAAUAAAGAAUCAUAAUGAGAAACAGCUUCAAAAACUUGAUAGAUUUCUGGAUCUCUAUGAAAAGUCAAUUUCUGGUAAAGGUAAAAAUGAUGAGACUGAUUAGGACAGAAAUAAAUUGAAUUAUUUUGACAUUGAGGGUUCUCAUCUUAUUUUUCCUGUCGAAAGCAA